GCAGUCUAUCCGCCGGUGCGCGCGCUCACCGGAAAGACGACAGCGGUUCGAAAACGGCGGGAGGGACUGGCGGCGGCGUGUCUCGGUCCUGGGGUCCGGGAUGUCUUCGUCCUCAUCGCGGCGGCGUGUCUCGGUCCCGGGGUCCGGGAUGUCUUCGUCCUCAUCGCGGCGGCGUGUCUCGGUCCCGGGGUCCGGGAUGUCUUCGUCCUCAUCGCGGCGGCACCGGCUGGGGAAGGACUUGAAUUAUCUUAAAGCUGACUACAGACCAAGAUUCUGCUGUGGAAAAGGAAAUGAGAUUAACGUACGGCCAGGUCAAGAUGUGAUGAAAUUCAUAGAGGAUUGUUUUAAAAAUGCUGACAGUGAUCUCACUAUAGGAUCUCCCAGUCCAAACGUUUGCUUACCUUCUGUUGUCCAAGAUGAGAAGACUACUUCAACACCAAGCAUGAGUCCAAAUGCAGGGUUAAGUAGCUCUGUGAAAAGAGCCUGUAAUUCUGAAGAGUCCUUGCCUACAGUCAACAGCAGAGACCUUGAGGAUGAUCAUGCACCUGUUGGAUCACCUAUUCUUUUGGAGGAAGUGGAGAGUUCUCCUGUACAUAUGUUACAUUUGGAUGGCCAGAGUACUGCUGCAGUGAAGGGCUGCUUGGAAGGUGAAAAUUUGGAAGACCUUGAAACUGCAAGAGAUGAGCAGGUUGAUCUCCUGCAAGGAACAGAACGUACUGCUAUGUCUUCUGUACAGAAAGAGAAGUCUUUUGCUUUGAUGGCCUUAGCAGCUCUAGCACCAGGAACGCUUGGAGAAAGGUAUUCAGCCUCAGUAUCACAGCCAUUACUGGCUCCUGUCAAAGAUCAAGCUAUAGAAGUAGAAAGUGAAUGUGAAUUUUUAAUUGUAUCAGAUGAUGCAUCUCUUACUUCCUCAUUUUCAAUACCCCGGAAGAGCACCAAAUCAAAAAAAGAUGGCUCUGCAACUCCUGUUCUGAAAUCUCAGCCCUCUGAAAAGAAGACAGAGAGUAAGAACAGCAAGAAUAAAAAAGUACAGGGUGAAGCACUUAGUAAACAGAAAAUACCUGUUUUGGAUGUCCGAGUACAUGACUCCAAAGGAGCACCACAAUCAGAUCCAGUCUCUUCUAACAGUGAAAAAAAGGUCUUUAAGUCUCGAAGGCAAAGCAGUGCUCAUAUGGGAAAGGCUAAAAAGAAUUCACUUAGGCAAGGCUCUCCAAACCAGAAAAAUGACAUGUUCUGGGAACCAGAAGCCAAAGAACUGGUGUUGUCACAAUCUGGAUUGGAAACAGAAACAUCUGGAUCAGACCAAUGUAAACCACAGGUGAUGCCAAGUGAGGAUUUGCCUGUGCCCGCAGCUGGGCGUCAGCAAGAGUGGACUGUCUCUCUAAAAACUUAUCUCAAGUCUUCCAAAUGUCUGCAAUUGACUUCAAAAGCUUCUCAGCACCUAGGUCACAAGAAACAAAAUGCUCACCAGAAGCUUUCAAAAGUAGCUGAGAGACUGGCAGAAGGUCUGAGAGAGAAGCAUAAAAAAUCUGUCAAGAAAAGUAGUAAUAAAAAGCCUCAGUUACAAAGAGGGGAGAGUUCUGACAGUGAAGCUGGUGAGGAAGGGUUGGAAGUACAGCCUGUACAAUUGCCUGAAGUGUUUACCUUACCCCACCUUCAGAACUUACAGACUUCUGUGGUUCAAAAGUUGGAUAAGUCUGGAAAUUCUAAAAAUGCAUGGGACACAUGGAAUUCACUUGGUGGUGCUGUUAAUACAACUCCUGUAAAAGCACUAGACAUAGACAGCGUGCAGAAUUCUGAAAAGAAACAAUCAUCAGCUAAGUCAGGGAAGAUGCCCAAGAAGAUUCCUCACAGAACCAGUGAAGAUGUUUGCUCAGACCCUGAAGACACCUCAGAUACUCAAAAAACAAUGGAUUCUGACAGCUCUUCUGUACAGUAUGUUGCAAGAAAAAAACAGAAGCCAUCAGCCACAAAAAUAAAAAGUAACAAAAGAAAACAUAACAUGCUACAUGGACUACAUGGGCCUGUUCUAGAACCUGGUGACAAAUCUACUUCCAGAAGUAAUUCUUCUGAACAGGAUAGUACAUUUUCAGAGAAUUCUGAAGAGUGGAAUUGUCAAAUAAAACAUCUGUUGUCAGACACCAUAAGGCAUAAAAUAGUAAUGCCUUCCAACACGCCUAAUGUUCGUCGGACAAAAAGGAUACGAAUGAGACCUUUGGAAUAUUGGCGAGGCGAGCGUGUAAACUAUACGAUGAGACCUUCAGGAGAGCUUGUGAUUAGUGGAAUAGUGUGUCCAGAAACAGAACCUCCCAGGAAGAUUAAACAUAGGAAGCGUGGUCUUAGAAAGAAGAGAGAUGAAACAAGAAGUGAGCUACCUGCAAAUUUGGAUCACACUCUAGCUGAUACUUCUAAGCCAACUCUUGUAGUGGACCCUGUAACAAAUAUGGAGGUACUUCUGGAAUGUGUUACCACUGAAAACAGUCACUCGUGCUUCUUUGAAGAUGAAUCAGUGGAAGUAUAUAAAAACUUGAAUACAUCUGCAUUUGCCACUGGUACAUUGAUUUUGAAACCAUUUAAAGAAAAGGGACACCAGUAUGUCUACAUGGAUACAAUAGCUUUCCAUGUUAUCCAAGGCCGAAUUAUUGUUACCUUACAUAAGUCAUCCUAUUAUCUGACUGCAGGGGACGACUUCUAUGUUCCAGCAGGAAAUGAAUAUAACAUACGUAAUCUGCUGAAUGAAGAAAGUGUUCUUUUCUUCACGCAACUCAAAGACAGGUGAAGAACUUUCUGCAGAAAAGUUUGCUGAAACAAUUAUCAAGCAUUUGUAUGUUUUGAAAUUCUUUUUACAUACAAAAAGUGUUUGAGUGUGCCCAGCUAAAAUCAACACAAGAAGAGUUAAGAACAAACCAAAACAAAAUACUCAGUUUACUGACAAAUGGAAAUGACAUACUAAAAAACCUCCUCACUCUGCAUCAUUUCCUGUUCUUGUGUAAUCCAAAGAUAGAAAGAUGUAUAUGUGGGUAAAACACAUUGUUGUUCUAUAUUGUAUUUAAAUGCCUAAUCUCCCAAAGAUGCUUAGCAUCUAAUGCCUAAUCUCCUAAAGAUGCUUGACAUCUUUAGGAACAUCUGAUAGAUUUAAGGUCUGCUUGGUACAAACCUCUUGGCAUAAUCUCUACUUCAGUGCAGGACUGUGCUGUUUGCAUUCCAGUGAUGGUGGUCUAGGGCUGCUGGAAUGCUUGUGUGCCAGAGUCCAGCCUUGUCAGAUAUUAAUGACAGGCAUUUCUUCCUUGUCUAGCAGAUGUAUGAUUAGUGCCUCAAAUUUGUGUUGUAAAAGGGGACCUCUUAAGUAGGAGCUUAUCAUUUGUAUCUUCUAUAUGGAAGCUGUGGCUUGAUUAGCGCUAAACAUUGUGGAUUGCUUUAUUUUGUGUAACAGCGAUAGGUUAUUGCCAAACAUAAUACUUUAACAUGUCCUGUUGUUUCAUUUGCUCUGCUCCUGGAUAUUAAUGAGGGCCUUUGGGAAAAUUGUAAUUCUGCUGUGUGUACUCCAGAAGCCAAGUCUAGACAGCAGAUGGUAUACAUAGUGUUUGCUUCCCAAACUCUUCAAGGUUCCUUCUGGCUGAAGAUAAGGAUAAACAGCAGCUAUUCUGGUAGGGUGUGUUAUCUCCAGGAUCACUGCUAUUCUAGAAGAAAAGGAGAUAGUGAAAAUUGAAUUGGAAUCGGAACUGUUUAAGGACCAAAUACGUGAGGACUGAGUGUUGACCUUGUAAACAGUCUUGGCCAUGAUCUUCAUGCUAAAUCUAGAGUAUUUGUUAGAGCAGGAAAGAUUAAUUUGCUUUAGUGCUUCCCUGAAGAAGCUUUCAUCUCCACCUGGCUUCGUGUGUCUGUGAAGGCGCUUGGACACCAGGAUUUCUCAGUCUCUUUAGAUCGGGGAAGUUGAGAUAAUACCUUCAGAUUUUAUCAUUUGUAUUCAACCAGUGGGUUCUAUGAUUAGUAUAUAUACAGGCUGACAGUGGAAAUACUUAGUAGAAAUUGUGUGGCAUCUGUGCAUUCAUGAUUUGGUCAGGCUCAACUCUGAGAAGAUGAAACAGAGGAACAUGCCAUUUGCCAUUUAGUUCUUCCUGUCUUCUUGAUAUCAACUGUUUGCUGUUGAAGUUCAGACUCCAUGGAAGGACCUUUUUUUUUUUCUUCCCAGUUUCAAAUUUUGUAAGCAAUUUAGGAGUUAAAAACAAAAGGCAACAAAACCCCCCACAUUCAGUUACAACUGAUAGUUUGAUGUUGGCUGCUUCUCUAAAUUCUGAGCUUCGAUUGGCCUCUUCAAGGUCAGUGCGAUUCAAAUAUUGUCCCUUCUUUCUUGGAGCCAUACCAGCUACCAGAUGGGCACACAUGCUGUCUCCACUGCUUGAGGCGAUCCCGCCCAGCAGAACAUUUAGUUUGUAAGUCUUUCAGCUCCUCAGGCCUGCAGAGGUCUGACGGUUUGCCACUUGGAAAACAGUACAGGGCUAGCAUUAGGCCAAAGGUAGUCUCCUCCUUACCCAAGCAUGUCUCCCAGUGGUCAGGGCACAGAUGUGGUGGUCUCUGAGCCCAACAGCUCAAUGAGUCCAGCCGAAAGUCAGAACAAGACCACUUUUUAGUUGUCUUAAAGGCCUGGUAGUUCAUAAGGAUGAUACCCUGCAGGUUUUCUUCUGCAUUACCUCUCUACCUAGGUUGGGUAGCAAAAGGAUGCUGUGUGAAGGGGUCAGUGAACACGUAUGGACUGUGGAACUCAUGGCCCUAAGAGAAAACGUUAAUGUAAGCUGUUAGGGAGCUGAAGGCAGCCUGCUGCUUUCCAGCAACAUGCUGCAGUUGAUGGGUUCAGAUGAGAGGUGAUCCAUGAGUGUUUUUUUAUCAGGCUCCAGUGUGCUGCCCGACUCUACCACAACUUGGUAGUGAGGUUGCAAGGAGAUAUUCUUUGAGUCGUGAGUUGAUGAGAAAUCUGUUCUUCAGGCUGUUUUCUUCAGCAGAAGUAAUAUGUAUGCAGACCUUUUCAUGACAUGGGUCAGAAAGUGGCAGAUGUUCAAGUGCAGGUUGAGGUCGGCAUGCUAUGAAUGCCUGCUUGUGUUUUCUAAUGCUGUGGCUGAGAUUGUCAGCAAAAUAGGGUAGGUUUGGUUAAGUGUGUAACUUUUUAGGCUGGAUGUUUUUUUUUUAGUUCCUAGCCAGUCAGGUUCUUGUGAGAAAUGUCCUGUAUAGUUUGCAGAGAGUAUUUUGUAGUUGAACUGUUGAACUAUGUCUCAAAUGGUUUGAUUUUUUUUAAUUAUUUUUUAUUUUUUUUAGCAGCAAAAUCAAGUGUGCCAAGCAUGGUGGUGUAUCUAGGGUGGUGCUUUAGUUUGGAAACAAUUCCAUGAUUUGCCACGAGAUGGGGUUUCAAGUCCAGCUGUUUGUCCUUGGCUGGUGUCUUGUCAGUAGGGUUUGGUUUUAGAAAAGGAGGAAGAAGACUCUGUUACAAAUGGAGAUUAAAUUCUGUUGCAAGGAGAAGCUGUAAAUCGGCUUCCAUGAACAUCAGGUCUUGGCACUGAACCUUGCUAAGUUCAUUCUCUGAGCAUAUAUGUUGUACUAGUUGCAGACACUCACUUAAAGUUGUUUUUUAAAACACUAGUGCACAGCAGGAGUCGAGCUACAUUGUUCACCAUUUGUCUGGAUUGUUUUUUAUUUUAAUUUAUUUUUAACUCUGUGAAAAGCUCAUUUCCUUGUCAUUAGCUUAAAUAUACUGUGAGGAGGUGCAGGAGAGUGUACUCUUUGUUCCAGGAUUCCUAUGGGUGCUGAUUUGUGCAGUAUGGCAGACAAGAAUUGGUUGUUAGAAGAAGCAGCUGAUGUUCUACCUCUGCCUGCUCUUGCUUUGGCAUUGCUCCCAUUUUUGGUUAUAUCAGGCUACCAGUAGUUGUGGGUAGCUUUUGGUGAUAUUAAUUUUUUCCUUUACCAAAUGGGUUAUUGUGAAGAAAGAAAAAAGCCUUCUCUGAAAUCUUAACAAGUUAGCAUUCUUCUUCCUGCCUAUGUGUUUCUUCUUAUCAGCAUAUUUUCUGUUCUGUUGAGUGAUCUAACUUCAGCUGACUGCUGUCAUGGUUUCAGAUAGGUACAUGUUAAAAUUAUUUAGACUGUGCUCAGAUGGCAAAACUUUUUACUUCCACUGGAAUACAGAACAUCACUUCUACUGGUAGUAGAGAUCUGAGCCAGGUUUGUACUAGGCCAGGCCAAAGUAGGUUAGCCAGUGUUAUCUGCUGUGGGGUGAAGCUGGGACUGUCAUUGUGAGAUGUGCCUUUUCUGUUGCCUGUGUGGUGCAUAUAAUGUUCCUGGAGGAUAUAAUGUGUUUAGUGUAAUAAUUCAUUGCUGUCUGUCAAGGGUAAUUGAGAGGGCUGGAAACAAAAGCAGAGUCAACUGUUUCAUCAGUUUCAUCUAACCAGGUACAUGUGUUCUAUGUUAGGUAUUGUUGUAACAACCAGAGGUGUGUUUGGAGGAGCUUAACUGACAAUGUCCCAUCAAAAUAAAGUCAGGUUUUGGAAGGCUCCUUUUGAGAAAAUGACUUUAAAAAAAUAUUACUGGUUAUGAGGUUCUUUAAAAAAAAUCUGACUUUCUGUAGCUUUUUUUGGUUAGAAAGCUGUUCCUGUUUAAUAAACAAGCUUUUUGCAGUAAAUGGUUGCAAAACUGUCUGAUAUGUAUGCACAUACAUAUUUAUACAAUGUUGUAAACAUAAAAUAGGAGAAUAUGAGCUGAGUAAUUACUGAAAAAUAAACAGCACCGAUAAAACAAACUAUUAGGGCACAUAUACAGUUCCUUCUAUUUUUCAGGCACCCAGCUGAAUUUGUUAUCUGCAGAUGAUCUUAAGUUAACAUGUGGGGAAUGCAAUAAACCUAAAGAGCUAUUUCCUCAUUUCAUAACAGCUGAAAAGGUAUUUCAGCACGAAGGCAUAUUUGUUAUAUUUCUACUGAUAUAUGUACUCUGUUGCAUGAUGUCUUGCAUAAUACAAGAUUUACUUUUAAGUGGUGAUUGAUUACAGAUAAUACAUCUAACUGAAGUGCCUCUUUCAUGGUAUUGGCAGCUGUUGUAACUGUGUUAAAUAAAUGUUCUUGACCCUA